AUGACUACUGACGCGAAAGCGAUUCGCCGCUAUCAUGCGGGUGUUGAGAGGGCUCUGGGCCUCUGGGAUGCCACAAAUGAAUGGGCUGACUAUAUUGCCUUUCUAAGUCGGCUGGCAAAAGCUCUGCAAGCAUCUCCACCUGACGCAGAAGUCCCAUUCAAGUCGACUUUGGCCAAGUAUCUGGCACUAUGUCUGAAACCAUCUCUGCCAUCAGGAGUGCACCAGAAGGCCCUGGAGGUGUACAACCUAGUAUUCUCCCUGCUCGGGACUGACGGACUGUCUCGAGACCUGCCCAUUUGGUUUCCUGGAGUUUCACAUACUCUCACGUUUGCCACACUGACAACGAGGCCUCUAUUCCUUUCCCUCUACGAUGAGCAUAUCCUUCGACUGCCCAGCCAUGCUCUAAGGCCUGCCUUAAGGGCGAUCAUCCUGUCUCUGCUCCCAGGAAUAGAAGAGGAGAACAGUGAAGAUUUUGACCGCACCUUGAGCACAGUCAACCAUCUACGACAGAUCUUUGCUGAUGACGGCAAUGAGGAGUUCUUCUGGCAAAGCCUGUUCCUGGCCUCCAUCACGAGUACGUCCAAGCGUCCAGGUGCAUUGGUCUACCUGAUAAGGCAGCUCCCCAAACUAGGUCCGGUAGCAGGUCAGCCGUCUGGCGACGUCACUCAGGAACAAGAAUCAACUGAAGCGUUGCGAGCGGCCAUCAAAUCUGUGACUGCUCCUGAGCCUGGAUUGCUUGUUCGAUGCUUUGCUACGGGGCUUCAGGAUGAACAACCUCUAGUUCAACGCGGUUUUCUCGAUCUCUUAGUAUCCCAUCUGCCUCUCAAUGCUCCGAUACUCCAAUCACUUGUUGUACCAUCGGACUUGGACAUCCUUGUCAUGUCUGCGAUGUCGGUUGUCCUCAGAAGAGAUAUGAGUCUCAACCGCCGCUUGUGGACCUGGUUCAUUGGCAGAGAAGACAAGCGAGAAGGGUCGACAGACAUCGUGCCUGGCUCAGGGAUCGAGGCGGCAACACCCACAGUCUCGAAAAUGCAGGACAAGGCGCAUACGAGGCAUGACUACUUUGCUGCGUAUGGCCUAAAGCCCGUAAUCCGAAGCCUGGAGAAAAUGCUUCACAGGGAGUCACUGUCGCCUGUCGACAGAGCCCGUCCUUUCCGGAUCAUGCUUUCACUGAUGGACCGCUGGAUCAUCGGAAAGCUGCCUGUCGAGGAACUGUUCGUUCCUGCAAUGCAGGAUUUACAGAAGUAUCAGACAGCCGCUCCUUCGCAGUCGUCAUUUGACGAGGUCUUUAGGAGUGCCAAUGUGUUCUUCGACGCAAUUGAACCCCAGUUGAUCACCAAUCAGCUCUUCGGCCUUCUUGUACGAGGGGAUCUGAAUCUUAUUGAGUUUAUCUUCUCAAAUUUCAACUUGCAAGAAGAGGAAAUGACGACCAUUCAUUUACCCAUGCUGUGCCUGGCAAUCUCGGAAAUGCUCCUCGAGGGGAUAAAAUCUGACCCGCACGAGGCCAGUGGCCGAGAUGAUUCCUACCAAGAGCGAUUAGCAACGCUCCUGGAGGCCAUCUUGACCUUAUUGCCACCUCAUCCGGGAGGUGCUUCCUCCGAAGCAUCAGGUCAAAUACCGGAGGAGGGCUGGCUGAUGAAGCUGAAGACGCUUUACGAAGAGUCGUCCUACGCGAAAAAGGCUAUUUUUGACCUGAUCCCUCCGACUGCCGCCGCUCAAAUUCUUCUUCGAAACAUUGCACUCAUCAUUCUGGACUGCUUGAAUCACCCAUCCAGCAAGACACUGCUCGGACCUCUCACCAACAGUCUCGUCAAGGCGAUAGCCAGAACCAGCAACUUCGAGCCAUUGCGUGAACUUGGACUUGGAAAUCGACUAUAUGAUUUACUGAGGCUCCCCGCAGAAGACAUCAAUGUCAAAUACGAAACUGUUCGAACCACCGCAAGGAUAGUGGAUAGCUUGCAUAUAUUCGACCCGAGCAGGUCGACUUUGACAGAGUCUUACCUUCUUCGGCUGAUACCGGAACUCAUCGCGCAACUGUGGGAGGUUCUUCUACCCUCCACACCACAAUUCCACGUCGAGGCUGUGGAACAGAUCUGGAACCUUCGCAUGAUCUCCCAACAACUUCUCCUCGUGGACAGCAAAAUAACGGAUCUCAUGUGCGAACAAGACCAGGACCGUCCGUGUCUCGAAGAUCAACUGGCACGGUUCUCGACCCUGUGGACGCAUACCCGCUUUCCGGAGGUCAACGUCGAGCUGUUUGCUGCCAAAAAUGACGGCACUGACGACGAGGUGCCCUGGUCUCUGCUGCGGCAGCCGAUCUUGAACAUGGUUGAUGAGCUCGACCCCUCUCUACCAGAGGAUCGGCGGCGGACUUGGUUGACAAGCCUUCCAUCAAUUCGACCCGUCUUUAAAAUCAUCUAUUCUGAGUCUACCAAUACAUCGAACGCUCAACUCUCACUGCUUGCUUUGCACAGACUUCGAAAGAUCUUGACUCUCGCACGGCAGUCGAACGUGCAGCGGAACGAGCUCUUCGGACGUGACGGAUUUUCUGAAGCAGUGCUAGACAUGUGCAUUGAGCACAUCGCAGGCGGACGGAGGGGAGAAGAAAGCUUCACGACAACGUUGUCAAUUUUGCGAUUGAUCAUUGAAGAAACUGACGUGCAAGAACACCAUGAUCUGAUCAGCCUCUUAUUAAAGCAAUUGACCGACAUAACCCAGGAUAGUACCUCGCAGGAAGAAAUACUGGACCUGUUGCGGAUAAUAUUUGCAAGACCCAACUUUGGCAACCCACCCAGUGAACUCAUUCCGAUCUUGAUUUCCGGCAUCUCAUCCCCAGCUAUUGAUUCCACGAUCGACAAAUGGAUCACACUUCUGUGUAACACCAUUCCGCUGUAUACGACUCAAAAUCUAUUCUCAAAUAUGCUCAAGCUGACAGCAUGUUUUUGUGAACGGACCAGAGACUACUUCAUGCUGAUGCAACAGCUGUACGAAAGACCGAGGGUAGUCCAAGCCAACGGAGAUAAAUCUCUCAAAAUGGUCAAGCACCCGGAAAGAUCAGUCAAUAAUCUACUUGCCGGGCUUGAAUACAUUUUAGCAAGAGCGCAUACACACCUGGUGGAUCACGCUUCUGGGUUAGAGGCAAACCCGAACAGUUCGGAAAAAUCUCAGUCGCGCUCGAUCGCGAAUCAUCGAUUGACUGUGAUUCUUUGCAUGCAAGACACGAUCAAGUUGUGCGGUGAGAUUUGGGCCUGGAGAAUGCUCAAAAGGCCAUCGAUUUCUGCUCCUGACAAUAAAUCCUUUGCGUAUAUGUCCACGCGGCUGCGGACCAGAACCCGACGGAUCCUGGAGCAUCUUGCAGACGCGGAACCACAGGAAUGUCUUGAAACGCUGAUGGGCAUGUGGAUUGAGGGGGCUCGUCGAGAUUCUCAACAAGACAUCACUCUUAAUCUGAUGCAAAGCCUCGACGGAGCACGACCGAAAUUCAUGAUGCCGGCCACGUUCAACGCGAUCUACAACCGGACGAACCCAUCAGCGCUCGACCAGUCUCAGAAAUCCAGCUUGUCGGUGGACGUUAGUGCACCCGAGUUGAUGGCGUUUCUGAUAGCGUACACCAGCGCGCUUGAAGAUGACCUGCUCGAAGAGAUCUGGACCGAUUGCACGGCCUUCUUGCGGGAAGUUCUUGCCAACCCUAUGCCGCACCGUCAAAUCCUGCUGAAGCUUCUGGAAUUUGUGGCUGUUCUGUGUCAGAAGAUGGAGAACACGAAUUUUGGGGAGGUUCUGAAAAUGCGGCGCGAACUGAGCGAUCUGUGUGCGAGACUUCUCACAGCUAUAUUUACGAUCAGGCCGGCUGGACUUGACUCGGCUGCUCAGCCGAUGCCGGACGUUCAACAUUCAACAGGGGCGAAGGUCAUGCGGCGGAAGGUUUCGUUGCAGGUUGGCAAUGCCAUUGAGGUUUUGUGUGAAGCCCUGCCUAUCAUCGGCAAUGCGCUCGGAGACCAAGACAGGCUGAAUGUCACACUUCCUGGAGUGGCCACCUAUGUCACCGGACCAGCCCUGCGAUCCAAGCAGUUUCCCCAAACGGUGAAUAUGGACGUUCUGCAACUUGUCCUUCUCAUGGCCAAAUCCCAGCCGAACAACAAGGUCUGGAAGAAAGAUAUCCAGGAUGCCCUCAACGACAACAAAUUCUUCCAGUCGGCUCCUUGGUUGGCCGAAACGGGAUGGCUUCCCGUCUUGAAGCAACUCUGGCUGUCCGAUAAAGGGCUCAUGGCCGAAUUUGUGUCCCGACUGACUCCUCCGACGACGGCAGGGCUGAUGUUUGGCGUCGGUGCUGCCGCUGCGCGAACGGAGGCCGACAGGAAGACUCAGCUUAACCUGCGACGGAUUGCUCUGCUUCUGUUGGCUGGAGAUGUCGACGCGUUCGUGUCAGACCUCGGCCAGAUCGUUCACAGACUCGAGGAACUCCUUACGGCAACCCCGUCGUCGUCUCCAUCGUCAAGCACCCGCGGAGAUGUCUAUCUCGUUCUUCGAGCGGUGACGUUGGCGUUUACUCAGGUGCAUCUGGUUUCGAUAUGGCCGAUAGUGGACAUGGAGCUUCGAGAACUAUUCACGAGUGUGCAGAAGGGGGCUGAGGCUGGAUCUACGGGCUAUUCCCAACUGCAGGGAGCCAAGCUGCUGGACCUGCUCCUUCUCCUGAAGCCAGAAGAGUUCCAACUACACGAAUGGUUGUUCGUGACCGACACGGUGGAUGCAGUCCAUCCUCCACAUGACUUCACGUCAACCGCAAUUGCCGACCUGAUGGUGAGCAAGGGAGGCCAUGAGGCGGAGCUUCCUACGGUGGCAGACACUGGAGCCCGAACUCCCUGGCUGUGCACGGACAUGACACGGACAAGCGAAGACCCCCUUGCCCUUUUGCGUCCGUUCUUCCGGCAAUUGAGCAUUCAUGCUUUUGAAGACACGUACAGCCUCCAACCACCCGAUCUGGCGGCAUGUAGGAAGGAUCUGCUGGCGGAUUUGUUUGUGGACUGA